GUGGAAGUUGGAGCGCCUCGGAGCCUGAACUCAACAACAAGCUGGCCCAUCACAGCCAGUUGUUCUUUUCUUUUCCUCUCCCCGUUUGGUGGGAGUCCUCCUGUCUCCCCCCUCCACCUCCGCCUGCAGGCACGGCGGGAGUGGGUGUGUCAAUGCGGGCCAGUGUAGCCUAGUCGCUGCUUGUGCGCACUCUGAAAAAAGAGGAAAAAGUUGAUGAUGAGUUUAGUGUGAAAGCGGCCCGCCUCGGAGCAGGCUAACAGUCCCGGAAUGGCAGUGUGGACCCGAGCAGACAAAAACGGACAACUGGACCUUCUGCUCCGCGACCGCUGGAUCCGCGUGACCGCCGAGCUCACCCGAGAAACGCUCACUUUGACGGCCGACGCGGAGGUAACCGGAACGGGGACCAAUCAUUGGGACUACAGCAACUCUUCGGCGGGCCUGCGAAAUGGCAUGUCAAACGGAAACGACCCGGGAACGAGUCCCGGCAACCCCGGCCGCGGUCACUCCUCGGGUCAAGACCAACUUCAGAACCAGAACCACGGCGGUCGGGGGCGCAGUGGCAGCCCGGGGCGCGGGGGUGCCAGUCGGGGUCAGUAUGACGGCAGUUACAGUAUGAACAGCCCUGGGAAAUACCCGAAUAACGGCACAAGCUCAGACUUUGGCAGCCCCGGGUCCAGCUUCGGGUCGAGACCAAGCGACUUCCAUGUCAGCCUGGACGGCUCCUCGGAAGCUGUGCGCAAAGUCCGAGUUGUCAAACAGGAGUCCGGCGGGCUGGGGAUCAGUAUCAAGGGGGGGCGUGAGAACAGGAUGCCCAUCCUUAUCUCCAAGAUCUUUCCAGGGCUCGCCGCAGAUCAGAGUCGGGCUCUCCGGGUGGGCGACGCGAUCUUGUCGGUGAACGGCAGCGACCUCCGGGAGGCAACGCACGACCAGGCGGUCCAGGCGCUCAAGAAGGCUGGCAAAGAAGUCACGCUGGAGGUGAAGUACAUCCGUGAGGUUUCUCCGUUGUUUAAGAAGCCGUCCCUGGUGGCCGACCUGCCGUGGGACGGCAUCCGCCCACAGUCGCCCAGCUACAGCGGCAGCGAGGACUCGGGGUCACCCAAACACAGCAGCAGCUCCUCCUCAUCCAAAGACAGAAAGGUCAUCAGUCUGAAGAUGUGCUUCAUCAGCAGAAACCUCACCAUGCCAGAUCUGGAGAGCAGACUGCUGGAGCUCCAUUCCCCGGACGGCCAGCACACGGUGGUGCUGCGCUGUAAAGACGGCCCCACCGCCAACACCUGGUUCACUGCCAUCCACACCAACAUUGCUGCCCUGCUGCCGCAGACCUUGGCUCACAUCAGCGCCUACCUGGGGGCCUCGACCUCAACCUCCACACACCCCCAUCUCAAACACAUCGGCUGGCUGGCUGAGCAGGUCCAGCUGGAAGGUGGUCGGCAGCAGUUCAGGCCGGUGGUCAUGGCGCUGACCGAGAAGGACAUCCUGCUGUUUGAGUCGGUGCCGUGGAGCAGAGAGUCCUGGUCCCUGCCUCUGCUCACACACCCGCUGCUCGCCACCAGGCUGGUUCACUCGGGCAGCGCCCACAGUUCUCCCGGCCAAGGUUCAGACCUGGUGUUUGCCACUCGGACUGGAACGGGCCGGGGCAUCGAGUCCCACGUCUUCCGAGUGGAGACCCACUGGGAUCUGUCUUCGUGGACGCGAGCCCUCGUGCAGGGGACGCACACCGCUGCUGAGAUCAUUAAGGAAGUCUCCAUUGGUUGCACAUUGAACAGACAGGAAGUUAGGCUGACGCUACACUAUGAAAAAGGCUUCACUGUGACGAGGGAGCCAGCCGACCCGAGCGGGGGGGCCGUGCUGUACAGAUACCCCUACGAGAAGCUUAAAAUGUCUGCCGACGAUGGAAUACGCAACCUGUACCUUGACUUCGGAGGUCCGGAGGGAGAAAUGGUGUUUGACCUCCACUCGGGUCCAAAGCCGGUGGUGUUCGUCCUGCACUCCUUCCUGUCGGCCAAACUCACUCGCAUGGGCCUUCUGACGUGAAGCCGGCCAAACGGCGGCAGCGUGAAUGAGAGGAUUUUUAAAAAAAAUUUCUCCCAUUUGUUUUUAAUUUUUUAUUCAUUUUUCCAACUUCUGGGCUCACAGCUGACGUCAGGCCUG